AUGGACACCAAUAACGACCAACCUCCGAGCUCAGAUCCCGGGCACCCAACCACGAUUCCCAUUGCGCAAAUAAUCCCGGACCUCGAUCGUUUAUCAAAAAGCUCAAUUCACGCUACAGUAACCCUAGUGUGGCCGUAUUCAUCCUCGACUAAGGCGUUCAGUUUUCUGUUGGCGGAGCCUGAUUUCCGUCUCCGACGCUCCAAUGGACAAGUCAAAGUGGUGCUUCAUGGACUUGUGGCAGAGAAGGUCGCGGAGACCCGGGUUGGAAUUGGCGAUGAAGUUUUGCUUAGUCUAGCAGGGUCCAGGUUGGAUAAGAAUGAAACCGCGACCCGGACACCAGGCAGAUAUGUGGCUUGGGAUGUGCAUUUUGAUGAUCGCGUACACCUUGAGAUUUCUCGCUCGUCGAACUAUUACGCAACCGUGAAAGUUGACCCUUCCGUCGAACCUGUGCAGCGCAUCGAAGAACCCGCACCCCCUGUUACACCUGUGCCCAGCCGAACACGACCCGAGGAACAUUUUGCGACUGGUGGCUUGGGCUCUUGGACAUCUCCAGCUUUCUUUCAGCGUUCCCGUGCGUCUUUCGGUGUUAAUUCGAGACUUGAUCCUUUCGCAGAAGAAGAUGGGUUUGUUCCGGGAAAAGGCAGAAAACGUCCCAGGUUUAGCAUGCGAAGCAGCGAAUGGCGCUUCAUUGAUGAGCCUGCGGAUCCUGACGAGAAGGGUAACCCAAUGGAUUGGACAGAGGAACUUGAGAAUGAAAUCGAAUCCGAGCCAGAGCCGGGACAGCCAGAGCUGGAAUCGAAGGUUGACAAGGAAAGGACAGCCGAAGUUGUCGGAGCGCCUCAAGAAACGCCGAUCACGGCAAGCCCUUCACCAAGCGCAGAGGCAAUUCCUGCCACAACUACUGAGGAUACUACAAUAACUAUUGUUCGACCAACUCCUGAACCUAGCGUCGAUAUAGAACAACCGGCCGAGCAAGAUGCGGCUAAAGCUACAGAGGUUUCUCGUGAAGCUCACGAGAGUGGAUUCAAUAUCAAUGGCUUACAUAUUCCAAUGGAUACUCCACGUUUGCUUCCUAUCCCGUCUCCUGGUCUUCCGGUACCGUCUCCGUUUGUUUCUGCAGAUAACCGACAAGGCUACUUCUCGUCAGCAGCUGCUACUAUUGCACAACUUCCAGCACCCCGGCAAAGUACAACAGCGACGCAAUACGAGUCCGCAGGAGUUAAAGAAAAUGUUGAGACACGGACACGAAUUACCCAAACAGAAACAAUUAGUGCGUCUGUUCCUCAGACGACGCAUGAGGGUGCUGCCGUAUCUCUCCAUGAGACUGCUCCCGAAGAUCCAAUAGCAAGUACUACCCCCGAGCCAGGGGGUUUAAUAGCAAAAGAUGAUGCUCAGUUUGAUGAACGACGUGAAACGGCCACCACAGAUGUCUACCAAGAUGAACCAUCCCCAUAUCCCAACAUGGACGCUUCCGCAGAAGAAGAGCCCCGUAUUGACCACAUUGCAAUUCUACCGCCAGAAGAUGUUGAAAUGGAGGACGCAGAAUACCCGUUGACUAAUAAACAACAUGAAAAUAAGGAUGAUGAUGAAGACGAUGAGUAUUUCCAGGAAGCGACGUCGGAUGAAGAGAGUGCCGUUGAAGAAAUAGAGGGCGAAAGCGAGAAUAAAAGUGAAGAAAACGACGAAGAAGAGGAAGAAUAUAGUGAAGAUGAAGGGGAUUGUGCCAACCAAGCUGUCGACAUACGGAGUCAUGAACUACUUAAUGGACGGUAUGGAACAGAGAGCACGGAAAGUCCCAAUAAUUCCCCCCAAUCGCAAGCAGAAUCCUAUAGCGAACCAAAGGACCAACUUCAUCACAUUAAAGAAGAUGAAGAGAAAGUGGAUGUUGAGGACGCAGAUGAGAAUGAAGAAGACGAAGAUAUGGAUAGCGAAGAGGCAUCUGAAGGGGAUUACGAAUCUGGGUAUGUGUAUGAGGAUGACGACGAAGAUGUCGAUUCAGAAUCAGAAUCAGACGAGCAGUAUCAAGUUCAGCCUCCACAAAAUAAUACCCAACCAGAAAUCAUUGUUCUAGACAGCGAUGACGAAGACAAACAGCCCGAUGCGAGUUCCCAGGCACAGACGUGCGCACUUCCCAUACAAGGCCAGCCCGCUUCUGACCAAGAACAGUCUGACGAUGAAAUCCACGCAGAGGAAGAAGAUUGGACUUCUGACGAGGAAGAUGAAGAUGAGGUUUUGGCUCUGAGAAAAUAUGAUGAUGGAAAAGACCAUCACGUUGAAGACGAAGCAGCAGCUGAAGAAGAAACAGUGAAAGAUGGCGGUCAAGACCACUAUGUUGAGGAUGAGGAUGAGGAUGACUACAGCAUGGAUGAGGAAGAACCGGCUGAAGUUGGAUCAGCGAGGGAUGAUGAGCAGAUUCACCACGUCGAGGAAGAAGAGUCGGCUGAAGAGGAAGCAAGGAGAGAUGAAGAACGGGCUGACCAAGUUGAAAUGGUUGAACGGACACGCCGGACCAAAAAUGAGCAGGUAGCAGAGCCGGCCAGUGAUGACCAGGAGCAAGGCAGCCUAGCAGAGGACGGGCAGAGACUGGACGAACGAGAGCAUGGCGAACAAAAUGUUGAAACCACAACUUCAGUUGAAUAUGAAAUAGUGGCACGCCCUGACAUUGACGAUUCAGUCCCUGGAAAACAUCAUGAGGAGGCAUAUGUAACAGAAGACCUUCCACAGUAUUCCGAACAGGAUCUUCAUGAGCAUCCUCGUACGCAUACCCCUCGAGAAACGACUCCUGACGCCACCUCGUAUCAACCUAAGACUAUCCGAGAUGAUGUCGGAUCGAGUAGGAGGCAAGAAGAAGUCGAAAAGAGUGAAGUUAGGACUGAAGAGCUCCCAAGGACAGCAGAGUUGGACCAAGAUAGGGACUUUGGGUUAUGGUACGACGGCGCCAGAUCUCCACGAGUUGGACAUGACACCACGACUAUUACUACUGAGACCUUUGAACCCUCGGGUCUUUCGCCCCAUGACCGACAAGCGGAUGAUACUCUGGAAACUGAAUAUAGCCAUCAGGAUUUCGAAAACCACUCUAUAAGCGAGCAAGCUAUCACAUCUCAGGAGCGGGCGCCCUCGCACGAGCAAGCUGAGAUUUUGGUAGAAGAUGACAACGCACUGGUCGAGGCGCCCGGUGUCCCGGAAGCGAACAACGUACUGCCAAUAACGGAGCAGGAAUCCAGAUCUGGUUCCGCUUCAGUCUCCGAACAUGAAUGGGCCGAAGCCAACGAAUAUAAAGUGGACGAAGAUGUUCGAGCCCGGGAAGGGCAAGGAUCUAGGUCUCCUUCCGCUUCAAUCUCUCAACACGAGUGGGUCGAAGCCAACGAAUACGUAGCAGAUGAAGCGCAGGAAGCCGCAGACGAAGAAACAUCCCUUCAAUUACAGCUACAAGAUGAAGCACGCGUUCGCAAAUCAAUUGAAGAAUCAGAUAGCUAUACCCAGCACCCCGCAGGCCCAGAUCGUCGCUAUCCCGGACUCCGCAGCAAACACUCCUACUACGCGCCUCUCUCUACUCUCGUCGAUCACUUCGAUGCCCUAAUCGACGCGGUUUCCGUCGUAUCUGAAACGUCUCCCAUAAUCCACUCCGCGUCUGGGAACAAAGACUACUCACUGACACUCUGCCUCACCGAUCCCUCCAUGGUCGGCACCACGCUCACCGCACAAAUCUUCCGCCCUCAUCUCGAUGCCCUCCCCUCCGUAUCCGAAGGCGACAUUAUCCUCCUCCGCAAUUUCAAAGUCAAGAGCUUCAACCACUACGUAAUGCUUAUUUCCUCCGAUACAAGCGCAUGGGCCGUUUUCAGCCCUUCCCAAGAUGAGGCACAGAUGACUGGCCGACCAGUCGAAUACGACGACGAAGAGCGCACCCACGUAUCCUACCUUCGCGACUGGUACCAGUCAAAUGGUGCAGCUAUGAUUGCGGAUAACCAGCUACAAGCAUCAAUCGUGGAAGCCAGCAGGGAGAUGACGCCUAUGAGCAGCGUUGCAGCUAGUGAUACCGCUAGUCUCGAUGAUUUUCCGGGCCGUGAAGGACGCCGUGACUCGGCUCGGAGGGAUCGGCGGGGGAGGAAGUCGCAUCGGAGGAUUACUAUUCAUGAGUUGAGGGAUGGGAGGAGGUAUACUGAGAUUGGGUCACCGUCGGAUCCGGAGAGUAUUCAUGAGCUCAGGGACGGGACUGUUUAUGCGCACCUUUAA